GAGCACGGCGUCGAGGGGGAGCUACCAGGCAGCAGCAGGAGCGAAUGGAGAGCUGGAGGAUGCUGAUGUUUCAGCAUGCGGUGACUGAGACUAAGGCCUGAAGGCGCAGUUGGUCCGGUGGCAGCAGGAGACAUCCAGCUUAGAUGAAGGAUGAAGAGCCCGGUGCACAGAUGCAGGGAUGUGGAGCACGGGCGUGGGCAGACCGGGACCGGGGCAGGAACCAACUGCCUGCAGGCCGAGCAGCGCAUCCCUAUCUCCAAAGAUGUCAUCACGUCCUCUUCCGCCUCGGCCAUGUGGUUCAUCAGGGACGCCUGCGGGAUUGUGUGUGCCGUCAUCACCUGGCUGCUGGUGUUUUACGCCGAGUUUGUGGUACUCUUUGUAAUGCUGCUACCCUCUAAGAAUCUGACGUACAGCAUUGUGAACGGGACUCUGUUCAACACUCUGGCCUUUCUUGCCCUCGCCUCACAUCUCAGGGCCAUGUGCACUGACCCUGGGGCGGUGCCAAAAGGGAACGCUACUAAGGAAUACAUCGAAAGCCUUCAGCUGAAACCAGGGCAGGUGGUCUACAAAUGUCCCAAGUGCUGCAGCAUCAAGCCUGACCGAGCACACCACUGCAGCGUUUGCAAGCGCUGCAUACGAAAGAUGGACCACCACUGUCCCUGGGUCAACAACUGUGUUGGGGAGAACAACCAAAAGUACUUUGUGCUUUUCACAAUGUACAUUGCACUCAUCUCUCUCCAUGCUCUGGUCAUGGUGGUCUUCCAUUUUCUCUACUGCUUUGAAGAUGAUUGGACAAAGUGCAGUUCCUUCUCUCCUCCAGCAACAGUCAUCCUUCUCAUACUCCUGUGCUUUGAGGGUCUCCUCUUCCUCAUCUUCACCUCUGUGAUGUUCGGCACCCAAGUCCACUCCAUCUGUACCGACGAGACCGGCAUAGAGCAGUUGAAAAAGGAAGAGAGAAGAUGGGCUAAAAAAACUAAGUGGAUGAACAUGAGGGCGGUUUUCGGACACCCUUUCUCCUUAUUGUGGUUUAGCCCCUUCUCCACCCCUGACCACGGGAAGGCUGAGACCUACCAGUACGUGGUGUGAGGGCUCAGCGCAGGGAGCGAGGUGGCCGGGUCAGAACCAAAGUGGGAAGGCCGGCCCAGCGCCAUUGAACUCAGCUAUGACAGCCCGAUUGCUCCCGCUGCUCAACGCGACUUACACUGUAUAUCCCACACUAGCCAUGGACAGCUUUUCAUGUGCUUUUUUUGUUGCCAACUAAGUGCGCUAUACGUUUAUUUUUGUGUUGCCUUGAGUGAGUCGAGUUGCAGAGAAAAAGAAACACUUUCAGUUUGUGACUCCUGUUUGCAAACACUGUGAUGAAUCUGUUGGUUUUUCUUUCUGAUCUCCUUCUCUUUCUGUUGUAUCUUAAGCCUCCUUUCUCUUGCUCUGUUACCUCUUGCUUGUCCUUGAAGGGUCAGUUCAACUAAAUUCCAAAAAACAAAACAAAAAAAACCCCAUUUAGUCACGCUUUUUUUUUUUUGGCCAUGCACAUAAACAUGCACUUUUUUUUUCUGAGUCCUGUAUUUGUCAACUAAAAUGAAAGAGGACAAUAAUUGAAAAUGAUGUAUUAGGUAAGUGACAAAUAGUUAGUAAACUGAUGAAGUACCAGCAAAUUCUGAGAUUAUGAGGAAAGUUUAGAGGAAAUUGACUGAAAAAUACAGGUCUGACCAUGGCAUGUAAUAUUAAAAGCAGCCCAUCCUCUCUAUAAAAAGAAAUCCCUGAGCUUUAGUCACUGUCUUAAGUUUAGAAAGUAGUUGCAAAACGCAUUUUAACUGUGACAUCUUUUCCAAAUAAGUAGCACAUUGUUUUUUUAGUGUUUCAAGUGGUGAAAUGCUUGGAAGCACCUCAAACAAUAUCCUGCCUUUAUUACACUGGUAAUUGAAAUUGAGUCGAGGCCACUAAUUGGUAGUGGACAGUAUUUUUUUUUUUGUAAUUUAGGUGCACUGACUCUUCAAAUCUUCCUCUUGACAGACAGUAGUCGGUAAUGUGUUCCAGACAUGGACAAAGUAAACCUUUAAAAUGGGUCCCCAGUAGAAUGGAUUGUCAGAGCCAGAUCCAUGCUGACGUCGACCCUUUUAAAUGAAGUUUCCCAUCAUUUUUGUAGAUUUUUUUUUAUUGGAUUAAGUUUAUGUCACAGUAGUUAAACAAAAUCUCCUAAAAAUCAGACAAAAAGAAAUUAAUGAAAAGUAAAAUAAAAAUAAACUGA